GCUGUAAAUUACUGUCUGUGUGAUGGGCAAUGAUGGCAGAAACUGAUAAGCGCGAUAUGAUACUGAGACGAGUAAAUAAACUCAGAAAUAGGAAAAAUAGAAGAGCUCCUCUUUAAACAUGAAAAUUUAAUAAAACUGACUUUGACUUUUAAUACCUUACCAGUUUCUCGUGGUAUUUAAGAAAAAUUAUGCGAUACUGACCAAUACCUCACCAAAUACUGGUGAAUUGUCUCGAGGAGCUGAAGGGAGAAACUGGAAACUCCGUUUGGCUCUGAUUCCCCGCCCCUCAGCGCACUUACAGCAGCGGGACCGCAUCAGCUCGAGCGCGCCCAGUUCGGUGAAUCUGGAUGCGUGAAUCUCUUAAACAAGUUGAAUGGUUUUUGAACCAUUAGCGUCAACCAUCUAAGCUCAUGUUUUGAUCUGUGGAGGGACGUGUUUACCUCGUUCAACUGAGUGAACGAGAAAUGAAUUCACUCUUAAGGAAAAGUGUCUCAGGGAAUUUUUCCCUUCCGUCUGCUACUUUGAUACCGAGGUCUGAGAACGAAGUGAAUUUCAGCUGUCUCUUCGAUGAGGAGUUCAAGUAUAUUCUGCUACCUGUAUCAUACUCCCUGGUGUGUUUCCUAGGACUGAUACUUAACUCUGUUGCUCUGUGGAUGUUUAUCACCAAGAUGAGGCCCUGGAAACCCAGUACAAUUUAUAUGUUCCAUCUGGCCCUGUCGGACACGCUCUAUGUGCUCUCCUUGCCUAUGCUUAUAUACUACUAUGCAAACCGCAGCCACUGGCCUUUUGGUGUUUUUCUCUGUAAGAUUGUGCGAUUUCUUUUCUAUGCCAACUUGUACUGCAGCAUCCUGUUUCUCACUUGCAUCAGUGUGCACCGCUACCUUGGAAUCUGUCACCCCAUUCGUUCUCUGACUUUGGUGAAGCCACGCCAUGCCCAUGUGGUGUGUGGUUUUGUCUGGAUAGCUGUGAUAGCCUGCCUGGUGCCCAAGCUGAGUUUCGUCAACACUUCCCAGAGAGGAAAUGAUACUUUGUGUCAUGAUACCAGCCGCCCAGAUGAAUUUCACAACUACGUUACCUACAACUCAGUGGUGAUGGUCCUGCUGUUUAUCCUGCCAUUUCUGGUCAUCAUGGUUUGCUACUGUUUAAUGGCGCGGGCCCUUUGUCAACCUCGAAAGGGCCUGUCCCAAAGUCAACAGAGUUCAUCCCGGAAGAAAUCCAUUAAACUUAUUAUAGUGGUGCUGGUUGUGUUUGCGAUCUGCUUUGUACCCUUCCACAUCACCCGUUCGCUCUACUACGGCUACCGUAUUCUAGACGCAGAUUGCAGGUCCCUUAAUAUUGUAAACUUUGCUUAUAAAAUCACUCGCCCACUUGCUAGCAUGAACAGCUGUGUGGACCCCAUCCUCUACUUCCUGGCAGGUGAUCAGUACCGCUCUAAACUCAUCAGAGCGUUCACAAGGCAGACUACAAACACUCGUUCUACUGUGUAUGUGCAUGAAAACAACAUCGGGCUGGCCUUUAAAAACCCAGAUGCCCAAGCUGGCACUGAGACAAGACUCUAGAGUCACAUACCCAGACAUUUUGGGUAAUCAUUUAAAAAACAGUUCUGGAAGACUGCCUCAAAUUUUGUAAGACAUCCCAAGUGUUCUCUAUCAACUGUCAACAGUCUUAUACAGCCACAGACAUAUGCAUCCAAAAGAAUUCAGGACAGUCUUGUUGUAAACACUACAGCAUAGAUAAAAGUAAAGGAAUCACUUUGGAGAAAGGAUGUUGUUUACUUCCUUUGUGCACUCUUAAUGAUUUUUUUUUUCAUUCAGAAUGAUUGCUGGUAGUGUAGUGCACAGGAACUGCAGCUCGUUUUAUAAAAGCUCUGAUGGCCAAUCACUCCUGGUUACUUGUAAUGUUGAAGUUUCUCACUGUUGGUCAAGGACACAACUUGGCAGUGUUUGGGUUCUGUAAACACUGAAAACAAAACCCACUCUAUAUCCCAGAACUACAGAAAUGCCAGUACAAAGCCUUUUGUGUGUUCUGUUAUGUUUUAAGGUCCUGUGGUAGGAAAUGAAAGUGUGAAAUCCUCUUGCAAAAAAAGUAUUUGAUGCUACAGUUUAUGUUGAUACUGAAAACAUUGUAACUUGUUUUAAAAGAGGACAGAUAAAAUGCUAUUAAAAUGUCAUUUAUUGUACUUAAACAGAAAAGUUGGAAACCUUUUAAGGCACUCUGAGUGAAAAGGUAAAUGGUUGUGUAGGAGGCUGAAAUUCGAACUGCAGUUGUGCAGAUAUUGCUUCAUUCCUCGUACAGCUGUUUUUGUCUUUUGGCGGAGCAGAUCUACAGCUGUGUUGCUGUUCAUGUGUUUGUGUGUAUUUGUGAGUGAUUGCAUAGCAGGGCUGAAUGAAGGGGAAAAAAGAUUGAAGAAAU